AUGUCUGGCGAGAAGACGGUGCCUAAUGCGGUGAAAUUCGCGUUCGGAGGAACCGCUGGAAUGGGCGCUACACUUGUCGUCCAGCCGCUAGAUUUGGUCAAAAAUCGAAUGCAAUUGUCUGGAACCACUGGCAAGAAAGAGUAUCGAUCUAGUAUGCAUGCACUGACUUCAAUUAUCAAGAACGAGGGAUUCUUCGCCAUUUAUAACGGACUAUCAGCUGGUCUUUUGCGACAGGCUACUUACACCACUACUCGUCUCGGAACUUAUUCAUUUUUAAUGGAAAAAUUCACUGAAAAGGACAAGCCACUUUCAUUUGCAAUGAAAGCAGGUCUCGGAAUGGCAGCCGGUGGAAUCGGAUCAUUCGUAGGCACCCCAGCAGAACUCGCCUUAAUCCGAAUGACCGGUGACGGACGUCUGCCACCAGAUCAACGUCGUAACUACAAAGGAGUCGUCAAUGCGUUGACACGUAUUACAAAAGAAGAAGGUGUUCUGACUCUGUGGAGAGGUUGUACACCUACAGUCAUCCGUGCAAUGGUUGUGAAUGCCGCUCAGUUGGCCACGUAUUCCCAAGCGAAACAAGCACUUUUGCAGUCCGGAAAGGUUCAGGACGGUAUUUUCUGCCAUUUCUUGGCUUCAAUGAUUUCUGGAUUGGCUACUACGAUUGCAUCGAUGCCUGUCGAUAUUGCGAAGACAAGAAUUCAAUCAAUGAAAGUUAUUGAUGGAAAACCGGAAUAUAAGAAUGCGUUUGAUGUUUGGGGAAAGGUAAUCAAGAACGAGGGAGUGUUCGCCCUUUGGAAGGGAUUCACCCCGUAUUACAUGCGUCUUGGACCCCACACUGUACUCACUUUCAUUAUUUUGGAACAAAUGAAUGCAGCAUAUUACAAAUACGUUUUGAAACAGGAAGUUACCAGUGCCUUGUAA